AUGCCCGCCGACAAAUGCCCCAAUAUCAUAUUCAUCAUGGCCGAUGACCAUGCAUCCAAGUCCAUCUCCUGCUACGGCGCUGGCAUCAACCACACCCCGAACCUGGAUCGACUCGCGACCGAAGGCAUGCGCUUCAACCACUGCUACGUGACGAAUAGUAUAUGCACGCCAUCACGCGCUGCAAUCCUAACAGGCACACAUAACCACGUCAAUGGGGUGGUAACACUCGACUCGAAGAUCAACAAGCGCCUGCCGAAUGUCGCGAAACAGCUCCGCAGCGGAGGAUACCAGACGGCCAUGGUUGGGAAAUGGCACCUGGGCGAGGGCAAAGAGCAUGAACCGACGGGGUUUGAUUACUGGAGUGUUGUCCCUGGACAGGGCGAGUACCAUGACCCCCAGUUCAUUGAGCCGGAUGGGAUGACGAGGGUCCCUGGCUAUGCGACCGAUAUCAUUACGGAUAAGUGUUUGGAUUGGAUACGGGGGCGAGAUGCUGAAAGGCCCUUUUUUCUGAUGUGUCACCAUAAGGCGCCACAUCGUAGCUGGGAGUAUGAUGCGAAGCAUGCUGAUCUGUAUAAAGAGCCUGUUCGGCUUCCGGACACGUUUAGCGAUGACUAUAAGAACCGGGCGAGGGCGGCGACGGUGGCGAAGAUGCGUGUUGCAGAGGAUCUUACAUAUGGGGAUCUAGGACUCGUGCAGCCUGAAGGCCCUGCUGAGAUUGUAGGCCCUAAGAUGAUAGAUCUGUGGUCGUGGCAUGAUCGAAAAGUGCCAGCGCCGGAAGAUGUCACAAAGCUGCGUCUGAUGGCAAAAGAAGAUGGGAGAGUCUUCACUUUCAAGACGCCCCAGGAACUCGCAGAGUUCAAGUUCCAACGAUACAUGCAGCGGUAUCUACGGACAAUUCAAAGCAUCGACGAUAACGUCGGUCGGAUGCUCGACUUCCUUGACGCGGAGGGCCUGGGGGAGAAUACCAUCGUCAUCUACACUUCCGAUCAGGGCUUCUUCCUCGGCGAACAUGGCUGGUUUGACAAGCGUUUCAUGUAUGAGGAAAGCUUCCAGAUGCCGUUCCUCAUUCGGUAUCCCCGUGAGAUUGCCCCGGGCAGCAUCUGCGAUGAUAUUAUCUGCAAUGUGGACUUUGCCCCGACAUUCUUAGACUUUGCGCAGACUCGUGUGCCAACGUACAUGCAGGGAGUCAGCUUCAGGUCCUUGUUGCAGCAGAAGCCUCCGGAGGAUUGGCAGCAAGUUGCGUAUCAUCGGUACUGGAUGCAUCGGGAUGUCAUACAUGAGGCAUAUGCUCAUUACGGUGUGCGCGAUCAGCGGUAUAAGCUGAUUUACUGGUAUAACGAGGACCUUGGACUCGGGGGUACUCGACCUGGAGGAGAGGAGAAAGAAUGGGAGCUUUUUGAUUGCGAGAAGGAUCCGUUAGAGCUGUUCAACUGCUACAAUGACCCUGAAUACGAGGAGGUUGUUGCGCGCAUGAAGCGGCUGCUACAGGAGAAGAUGGAGGAAAUCGGAGACGAGCCUGUUCAUUAA